AUGAAGGGCCAUCCAAAAAGUGUGGCAUCCUACCACACACUGCAGCCCCACCACCUGCAGCACACAGGGCAGGCCAGCACUGAAGCACGGCCAGGGUCACCGCUCCCGCCGCACCGGGCGCCCGGCAAGGUGUUGCCCGCUCCUGCUCAGGAUGUCCGCCUGGCCAGUUCAGGAGAGCUGGCUGUGGUAGACCUGCUCUCAAUGCUUCAGCUGCACGCAGACCACGUCGGGGCCUCGGGUGUUUUUCCACAAAUUCUUUCAGGAAAGCCCAAGAUGUAUCAAGGUGUUAGAGUAAAGAUUACAGUUAAGGAGUUACUGCAGCAGAGAAGAGCACAACAAGCAGCAAACGGUGCAGCAGUUUCUUGGGGCAGCAGCAGCAUCCAGUUUUCAGAGUCUGUGUCUCCUCCUCAGCCAGAUCCCAUCUCUUCUGUUCCCAGCUAUUGUCCAUCAUGGCAGUUCUCAAAUUGCCUCUCCUGUGAAGAAAGCCCUAGCUAUUUGGAGCAGCUUGUAGAUUCCUGUCUUCAGACAGAUGUUCCAUUAGACCCAGCCUUCAGCGCUUUCCAGCCAUCCUCGCUCUACACUUCAGACACCUUCCAGCCAGUCCCCUUCUGCUUUAACCAGGGCCUGGCAGCCGGAUCCCCCAGUUCAGCUGAUCUGCCCAGCCCAUUAAACUAUAGCUGCUCUCCUCCUCCGCUAUCUCCUAUCACCCCGCUGACCCACAGCCCACCCUCUGCUCUGGACACCAAGACCUAUGGCUACCCUGCGGAGGAGUGGUCCUGCCAUACCCCCUCCCCAUACACCACCUCAGCCUGCUGCUGCACAGACUGUGGCUCCCAGCAUGAGGACAACAGGGUCCCGCAGUACUUCCCUUGCCCCAGCGUGGACUGCAUGGACUACCUACCACCCAUGGCCAUGGCCGAUGACUUCUUCAGAAGGGAUAGGAACUGUGACAUCUGCUAUAGCUAA